UGUUCAGCAGUCCAAAAGCUUGAAAUAUAAUAUUCAUUUUGUAUUGAACAUUCAAGAAUAUUUAACUAAACUUAGAUGAGUUAAAUUAGGAUCCAAGAAUUCGUGAAAGUACAAAGUUCUAUGUGAAUAUUUUUGUAAGAAAUCUGUUGUGUCCUUAACCAUAUUUAUAAAUUUUAAUUGACGAUUGAAAAAAUGUCAGAACAAUUUGUUGGUUGUACAGUCUCUGUCACAUGUAUAGAUGAUCUUGGUACUUACCAGGGUCAAAUAAUCGAUUUAAAUAAACAAAGUGUGACUCUUUCAAAGGCUUUUUGUAACGGUGUACCGCAUACUUCCUCUGUAGUUAGUUUGAAUGCUAAAGAUAUAGUCAAUGUAGAAAUUAUUUCCACCAAAGAAGCCUGCUCUAAUGUAAAUGAUACACAAACACAAAGUAAAGUAACGGUAAAGAGACCCAUUGCUAAAAGAGCAGGUAGAUCUUUUUCUGAAAGUGUUCCAUCUUCAACACAUUCUGGUGGAAUGCAGUCGUCGUCGAAUUUUAAAAAACCUGUUGAGUCGGCGCAACAACAAUCUGAACUGGCAACUAAUGGCAAAAUGGGAUCAACCGAGUCUAAUUGUAAGCCAACUCAAAAGAGACUUACUCAUAGACAGAGAGUGCUUGAAAGGGACGAACAUACUUUUGGUACUCCCAUUGAUCAAUCCUUGAAUCAAGAUUUCGAUUUUGAAAAAAAUUUAGCACUAUUUAAUAAAGAGGCUGUAUGGCAAGAAAUUAAUUCGCUCAAACCAGAUAUCGUUAGACAGUCGGAGAGUAAUAGAGGCGGUGGUGGUAAAUAUCGACAUGAUGAGAACGUCAUUGUUUCGGAACCUACAGCCUUCAGACAAAUUGUUGUACCUUCGACUGGGGAAAAGGAAUACGUUACGGAUGAUGGCCUAGUAAUACCAAGUAUCACUCUUGAUCUUCAUCGUCAAUUAAUUGGUGCAGCAGAUCGGCUUGGAAUUAGCUGGGAACGAAGGGUAGAACUUCUUGGACGUGCAGGAGCAGAAAUUAUUCUUCAGCUUCUCGGCGGUGGACAUAGACUCAAUCCAAAUAAUGCUCAUCAAUGGCCAACUGUUGUAGCACUUUGCGGACCGAAUAGAUCAGGAGCUGCUGGCGUUAAUUGCGCACGACAAUUAUCUAGUCAUGGUGUUAAAACAAUAGUAUUCGUUGAAAAUUCGGAAGACGUUUUUCUUCUACAAGAACUAUCUUUAUAUAGAUUGACAGAAAACAAAGUAGAAACUAAAGUUAAAAAUUUACCUUCUGUCGUAGAUUUAAUCCUUGUUGCGCUAUGCGAUGAAAAUUCUCCAAAAAUGGUUACUCCAGUAACACUGUGGGCAAAUAAUAAUAGAGCACUUGUUUUAGCUAUUGAACCACCAUCUACAGGUACACCUGGCAUUUUAAGUAAAUUUAGUUUAGUCGGUGCUUUACCACUAUCUCACAGUCUUGACAAUGGUAGACUAUAUCUUUGUAAUCUUGCUCUACCAAACAAAGUUUAUUCUGAUGUUGGAAUUACUUAUAGGUCUCCUUUUGGACCAAAAUUUGUCAUUCCUUUGCAUUCCAAUAACUCCUAGCAAAUUUUUAACCAAUUGUUGAUUCUAGCAACAGCAUCUUCAGAUUUUAAAAAGUUCUAGUUUUUUUUUUCUUUCUUUAGCAUUGUAUACAAUUAAAAUAGGUAUACUGUGUCACAGGAACAUACUCCAAGGACAGAGGAUACUGUCCUCAUAUAAAAAAAAGCAUAACAUGCUGUGACAUUUACUAUGUAAAUUAUAGUUUUUCGUAAGCAUAUGUUAAGUGUGGCUUACAGCAAAUUGAGGAUGAUAUAUUUGAUAUGUUUUAAUAGAACAAUAUAUUUAUUGAUAUAUCAUACAUUUAUAAUAUUAGAUUAAACACAUUUAUAUAAUCGGACAAAAAAUGAGCACAGUCAGAAUUCUAUAAACGAUAUUAUGUAAUUGCAUUUGAAUUUUGCCGCUGAAGCUUUGUAAAUGAAAUCAUUAAAAUACGUAGUAUAUGCGAUAACGGUUAUAACAAUCAGUGAAAAAGAAAUUGUAAUAUUUUAAUAUGUAUUAGAUAUUCUUUAGAAAUGAUCCAUUUUAUGACUCGUAAAAAUUAUAAUUACACUGAAAAUUAUUUAUUGUACAAGUCCUAUUUCUUUUUUUUUUUUUUGGAAAGUUCAGAUGUAUUUAUCACGCGAUAAUUUUUACAAUAGCUAUUGAUUUCUAUGAAAUCUAUUAUGUCAUUAUUCAUUUAAUUAGCAUGUUUUGAUAUGUAUUAUUGAGUUCAAGAAGUAUGUAAGGAAAAUAUUUCUCUUUUUCUAUACUCGAAAUUACUUUCCUAAUGUAUUUCUCUAAUUAGGUAUUAGAUUUAUCUUAUCAUAUAUUAUAAAAUAUUCUGUGCACAAUUAUAAUAGGAUUAAAUGCAUUAUAUUGUUUUUGCAGAUAUCUAAUUAGGUUCAUAUUCCCUUUCAUUUCUAAAAUAAAUGUUAUUAACUAAAUUCAAAAGAAUUUCAAUAUUUCAAAUUUUAUAAUCGUUAAUAUAUAUAUAAAAAAAAAAAAAAAAAAAAUCAUUCGUACAGAAAAUACUUAUUCCAGAGCUGUGUGAAAAAAUUAGCAUAUCUAGUGUAUUUUCUACAGGAUAGUAUAUUUAUAUGAAUCAAUCAUUUCAAAAUGUGAUGUUGCAUUUUUAACGACUGUUUGUAACAAACAUUCAGUAUACAAGACUCAUUUUAAUUAUAAUUAUUAUAAGUAAUUUAUUCAUAUUUUAUACCUGAUUGUAUAUUCUUAAAUUUAUUCUACAUUUAAGAUUUAACAAAUCGUAAUGCUAUAAACGAUAAAUUAGUAAGUAAAAAAGCAUAAUUUGUUUCUCAUGCAAAACUUUAAUUAAGUUCUAAAUAUUUUCAAAAAAGAUAUACGAAUUAAAUAAAUCUGCUACUUUCACUGAGUAAAUAAAAUAGCUAGGCAAAAGAAGAAAUUUUUAUGUUUCUAAAAAUUAUUUUAUUUAUAAUUUUGUAUAACUUUGUAUUCAACAUAUUUUUUUUUUUAUUUUGAUAUACAUAGAUGUAAUGAAUCUUUUCUCAUUAAGAUGCAAGUACUUUUAACAAUAAUAAAUGUAAGUACUUACAGUAUAUAUAUUCCUGCAAGAUACUGGUCAUAAAGUUCGAUCAAUAUUUAUCAGGAAUUAUAUAUGCAUUAUCACUCACGCAUAUUGAGAAAGAACAUAAUAUAAGAAUACUUGUAUCUACAGAACAGUGUAUACUGUAUACUGGUGCAUGAUUGUUACUAGAGUUGUUGAUGGCAUUAAAAGAAACAAUAAAAGUAAUAGCCUUAUUAAAA